AUGUCAUAUAUUGAAGACGAAUUCACGGCUUUUUGUGAAAAAAAUGAUUCAUUCUGUAUGUUAGACCAUUCGACAUCCAAACACGUUUUUCAUGUGUUAUACAUUCCAGACGAUAAAGAAUUUACGUUACAAUAUCCAAAUGGUACACCAAGUCAAUAUGAUAUCAAAAUAUCAGGAAAGAAGUAUGAGCACGUGGUUAAUCGUACAAAAACAACUUGGUCACUCAUACCUCCAACUGAUUUGACCGACGCUUUAACUCAAACAGCCAAAUUUUUAAAAGAAGAAAAACAACAUCAAGAAGACUUGAAAAAUGAUCCUUUUCUUAAACGCAAAAAUUUGAGCGACCGCCUCGAUGCUCAAAGAAAAGUAGCCCUUGAAUCGGAAACGCAGAUCUUUGCAUUUGAUACCGAAAUAGCAUAUCAAAAUUUAAAAGAAGAUAUUAUUCAAUCGUUCUUUGAUGAAAAGAAAUUCGGAUUUCUCAUUCAACCAGUCAACGAUAAUCCAUAUCAUUGGAUAGUUUCAUAUAAAAACUUUAAUUCGACAUGGGACAUAUAUUCUGAUAUGGAAAAAAUGAUGACUUUGUCCGCAAGAGACUCAAUAGAACUUGAAUUGGAAUUCUCAUCGACAAUGUUUCCAGUCAUCCCACCAAAGUACAAUUUUCUUUCGCCAAAAUUAACACAAGAAUCUUUGAAGAAAAUAUUUAAGUCGGGUGCAUUUGAAAAGGAUGUCUACAACCCACUAACAAAGAUAAUGUUUUUGACAAAUAUCAGAAAUGUUAUUGAAAAGUUUGCACGAAUCGAUUUUGGAAAAAACAACAAAACGAUUUCUGACUAUCGAAACGAAAAUAAUAUGUAUGAGCAACAACUGGCCAAACCACUGUUAGGCCAAUUAGUUCAAUUGGGAAAAGAUUUUAUUGAAAAUACAACAACAAGGUAUAAAACACAGUAUAAUGGGUUUCAAUUUCAGAAAAGUAAUUCAAUUCAAUUCAACAACUUUUUGCUGGAAAACAGUUUGUCGUACCAACGCUUCAUCAAGUCUAUUGAAAAAUUCGGGAUGGAAUCCAUCCAAAGUUCUGGCUUCUUUUGUUGGCAUGGGAGUGACGACAACUGUAUACAAUCGAUUUGUAAGAAUGGAUUUGAUCCACAUAGAAGAGCGGGACAGGCGUACGGACCAGGUGAAUAUUUUGCAAAAGAACCAGCUACAUCGAUGGGAUAUACAAAGGGAAAUAAUCACUUAAUUUUAACAUAUGUUUUAAGACCUAAGGAUAAAAAAAUAUUGAAAGACACUUCUGGUAUUUACGUUGUUAAUAACCCGACAGAUUGGUCAUAUUCAUAUUGUUUACCAGUACUUGUGAUUACUUUUGGUUUUGGAAAACCAGUCAACUUCUUGGACAAAUCUAUUAAUUAA